AUGAAGGUUAGCACGCAGGCAAAACCAGGGAAAGCAAAUCAGAGGCAGCUGGUGUCCAAGUGGUACCUGAGCCCAGGGGAAAUUUGCAUCAUCUCUGAGCCAAGGGCACGCUUUCCCACGACUGCCCAAGCAUCCUUGUCUCGAAGAGAGACAUCUCAGGGAAGAGUGGGGCAGGGAGGAGACCCAGGGGCCCAGGCCUCCUCUGGUGACCAGAGGAGGGAGCUAUGGGCUUCGUAUUGCUUGGUUUUGUGGGAGCUCCUAGACAACGGCUUCAUCCUCCUGACGUUCAGCUGGGAAUGGCUGUCAUGUGGCCGGCUCCUGCCCCCAAUGAUCCUGCUCAGCUUGGACGCCUCUCGCUUUUGUCAGCACUGCGGGGUGGUGAACAGUGUCUCCUACUUCCCGCAUCCGGUUGAGUCCUCCAGCAUCCUCCCCCGGCUGCUCAUUGGUCUCCACUGGGUUUUGGUGAGCUUGGCUACUCUCUGGUUUUGCACCUGGCUCAGUGUGCUGUCCUGCAUCAAGACUGCUAACUUCUCCCACCCUCCUUUGCUCUGGUUGAAGUGGAGGCUCCCUGCUUUGAUCCCUUGGCUCCUGCUGGGCUCUGUCUUGGCGCCCCUCAUUGUGACUCUGCUGUUCUUUGCGGGGGGGAAUCAUAAGGCAUUCCAGGCAUUCUUAAGUAGGGCAUUUUUCUGGGAACACAAUCUUUACGAGUGGAACAGGAGGCUGGAAACCAGCUAUUUCAUGCCUCCGAGACUUGUGAUGAUGUCAAUUCUUUACUCUCUUUCUCUGGUCUCAGUUCUGCCUUGGGUCAAUUCCCACCUGGGGCACAACGCGCGUAGCCCGCCGGACCCCAGCACCCAGGCUCACGGCAGAGCUCUGAUGUCACUCAUCUCCUCCCUGUCCUAUGCCCUGUCCUUCAUGUCCAUGGCCAGGACACUCUCCAUCACCUCGGGCAGUGGGCGGUACUGGCCCUGGCAGAUUAUCCUCUACCUGUGCAUGUCUAUACGUCCCUUUGUCUGCAUCAACAACCUCAAGUUUUGAGGCAUACCCAGACAGUUUCUUCUGUUAGCUAGGGGCUUCUGGGGGACCUAA